AGGUCGAGGCUGCCGUCUCCCAUCAUCCACGCCGAGAGUCCAAGCUCCAAAACCAAAACAGAACCGGUUGAUCCGUCAGUAGCCGCGGCCGCCGGCGAUGGAGAAGGGCAAGGGCCUCGCCCGCCGCUGGGCAGUGGAGCUCCACGACGCAUCUUCCUCCUCAUCCUCGCCUGCCUUCCCCGAUCCUCCCGGCUUCACCAGAUCUGCCCCGGAAGCGGAUGACGCCGCCAGCGCGCGGCAGCGCAAGGAGACCGAAGCCGCCUGGAAGGGGCAGAAGGCCUGGGAGGUGGCGCAGGCGCCCUUCAAGAACCUGAUGAUGAUGGGUUUUAUGAUGUGGAUGGCCGGGAGCACAGUCCACCUGUUCAGCAUUGGCAUCGUCUUCUCUGCUCUCUGGCAGCCCUUCAACGCACUCCGAUCUGUCGGGAAAGUUUUUGAACCAUUUAAGGACCCAAGGGUGGAUACACUUGCACCUAAGUUGCUCUUCACUGCUCUCAACUUGGCCGCUAUGGGUUUGGGUGUUUGGAAGCUCAAUACAUUGGGUCUUCUUCCAACAAAUGCAUCAGACUGGGUAUCUUCACUGUCUCCUGCUCGGGAGGUUGAAUAUGCUGGUGGAGGGAUCCCCUUGAUGUAAUUUCCCUUAUGAUCUUCAAUUGCUUGGAGGAUGGUAUCUGUACUAAAGCGAAAUUUCCCCUGCUGAAGGGAGAAAUUUUACGCGGGUUUGUUGUAUUUUUUGUUUCACAUGUACCAAAUUUGGAUUGAUAUCUAUAGACAAAUCACAGGCUUAGCUAAAGAUAGCUUGCUCCUUUUUUUUUUCUCUUCUGCUUACCAUGUCUGAUCCAAUAGAGAUGUUGCUAACUCUCCCAUUCAAUGUAGUGGACGAACUGCUUUUGUUUUGUUCGAUAAAUAGCUGUGAGAUUUGUUGUUGGGUUUAGCUGGUUGAAAUUGACAUUUGAACUUAAUGGUUU